AGUCCUGUGGGUACCCGGGUCAUACUCAGUACCAACCCGACCCGGGUACACGAGUUACCCGUCCCAGCCCCACAGAGCAUCCAUCUCCAGGCAGUGCUGAGAACAGUGGCAGAUUUCUGCUGAGUUCACAUAGCGAGGCUGUAAAUGUUGAUCAGCAUGACAGUGCUUGUUCCAGGUACAUGAUGCUGGGCUACAGAGUGGCUACAGAGGCUGUCCUACCUGGAGCUGCUACCAGGACUCGAUCAAAGGGUGGGAGGAAUGGUUGAAUUCUAGCCUCCCCGGCCGGGCUGUUCUAGUAGAGUCAGACGUCUGAGUAGCCGUUUAUCUGAUCUCCAAGAAGAGUUACAAGCUACUCCUUGGACCCCGAGGAUGACCUUUACCUGAGAACCUGCUAGAGUGCCGGAAAGUGAGUGACCACGAGAAGAUGGCCGAGGGGAAGACUUAGUUUGGUCCCGUUGUAAGUUUUAUAUGGGACCAAUGACAAUGGUGGCCUUGAACAACAUAGACGUUGUGAUGGAGGCACUGGUUAAACGACAGGCGGACUUUGCAGGGCGGCCCCAGACUUAUACAUCUCUCUUCGGAUCUGAUCCUCGGACUGGCCUUGCAUCUUCGACCCUCCAACAUGAAGUUCUUCAGCGACUGCAGUCAGAAGAUGAUCUACUUUCGGCCAUUGAAUCUCCUGUUUCAAAUGCUGACAAGUCAUUAGAAGAGCCCACUCCAUCAUCCAGUGACGCGUCAGAAGUAUCUACUCAAACACCGCCCGUCUCCCAGGAAGAUCAAGUAGCAGCACAACUUAACAGCAUCAUGCAGAACAGAAAAAGAGCCAGAGAAGCACAAGAAGAACAAGCCCAGCGCAUGGUGAAACGCAGCAAACGUGUUUUUGGGCCUGUAAGUGUUGGAGACAAUGUAACUGUUCCUAUCCCCCAUGUCGACAGAGGAAGAGGUGAUCCACGUAACAUAAUUGGUGUAGUUAUUGAGUGUAGUGACAAUGACAUGUUCACAAUUGCAGUCAAGGGUGGUGUGCUAAAUGGGAAAUAUUCCCGUAACCAGUUUGAUGUAUGAGUCACGAAACUGUAUAAUGCUGACGAUUUCAAUACCGAUCGAACACUCUCUUUGCGUCAAGCGGUUCAACUUGACUCAGUCUGUGGUGGUCAAGGCUUUGUAAGGUGUAAUUGUGUUGGAACUAAACGGUGUCAGACCAAUCGCUGCAAAUGUUUUAAGGCCAAGAUGCAAUGUAAUUCUAGAUGUCAUUCAAGUCUUUCAUGUGCAAACAAACAUUCCUGAGUGUCAUUCUGACUGCUAUUUGUCAUACCAUUCAUGUCAUACCAUUCACGUCAUACCAUUUUAUGAAAUAAAAGAUUGAACUGUUUAAGCUUAUUUCUGUGAUUUUUGUGUAAGGUAUCUGGUUACAGGAGGUUGUAUUUACUUUGAUAGCUAAUCUAAUUUCAAAACUAGCACACAUUAUAAAAACAAGGCAGGAAUAUGCUUUCAGUAAACAAGUAUAAAAUCCCUUGGUUCAUUUCAGUGAUUAUGUCUAAUUACUGAAGA